AUGUCUUCCUUCACAUUUUCUGAAGUUUUGGGCCACCUGGUCGCGGCUAUUCCUGAGGACCGUCCAGAAUUAAUCCAGCGCAAGGAAGAAUGGCUGCGCGACUGGAACAAGCUAGAGAGAGCUGCCGCCCACGCUGUUGCAGCAAAGGCGGUGGUCAAGGCACCUUCUGCUCCCGCUCCAAGUUCCUCUGCAGGGCGGGGUGUCCUUAUCCGCCACCCUAGGGAGACUCCAGAGGAUGCGACUGCCGCCAACUCUGAAGAUGAGGAGGAGGGAGAGGAGGAGGAAGAAGAAGAGGAGUCGGUAGAGGACUCGCGAAAGCGGAAGUCGCCCGACAGUUGGGAGGUAGAGUUCGACCUCUUGGCGGAUGCUGAUGGCGACGAGGAGGAUCUCUACCUGGAAGGUAAAGUGCGGGUGCUUUAUGCCAAAAUGUUGACUAUGCAAGGGAUGCUCAUGGAGAUGAUGAUGGAAGUGGAUUCCCUGGCGGUACGCUGCAAGAAGAGGAGGAGGAUCCAGUAG